AUGCCUCCUGCUCCAAAGGUCGCCUGCCGCAAGUGUGGCAAAUUCAUCGCGAAAACAAGUUUCAAGAGACAUGAAGACGGGUGUGGCAGAACCAACCAGCCCUUCGCUUGUUCGGCGUGUCCAAAGAGGUUCAAGGUGAAGCAAGAUCUGAAGAAGCAUUUCCACGCAAAGCAUGUGCCGGAAGAGACACAUCCGUGUUUAGCUCCAGGGUGCGACAAAACGUUUGACGCCAAAGAGAAGCUCAUCAACCACUUCAACCAGUUUCACACGGAGAAAUUCAUGUGCACGUGUGGCAAGAAUCAUGCAUCGACGCAGAAUCUCCAGAGGCACAUCCGCCUGAUGACCGAAGAAGGCGACGUCGGGCACGAGCCCAAGAUAAAGAAGGUCAUCACCAUCAGGCCGGAGAGCGAUUCGGGCGUCAACAACAAAAGAAAGGCGGACCAAAUGGAUCCCGUCGAGACAUUUUUUGACGCCAUGUGUGACAAGCUCAACCGGCCGGACCCCACCAACCCCCUGUGCCAGAGCAAGAAGCUGUGCACGACCUCUCGUCUGAGGUACGGCUUUCCCGGAGGACGCCAGCAGUACUGUUCGAAACACGGGGACGAGGUACCGGGUUUGGUCGAUCUGUACCCUCUCUGCAAGUACGUCGGCUGCGCGAAGAGAGCACACACUUUCAUCGUGUCCACCGUCGGACAACUGAAUUUCUGCGCCGAACACAGGGAUCAUCUCAUUCAGGAGGGUCUACCUGACCCCGAAAUCCCACUCAUCCACCAGCAACUUGUGGUCGAUCAAAAACGCAAGCGUAAAGAAACUACGGAGUUCAACCGAUUCGCGGAAGAGACCUUGUGGCACGUGGCAUUUCUCCUGAAUGAGAUACUCUAG